GGCUGCGACCGCGGCAUCGGCGCGUCGGACGAGGAGCGGGCGCGGAUCCUCUCUGGGAUCGCGGCGCUGGAGGCGGCGGGCCAGGGACGGGACUAUUUCGAGGACGGCAGCGUGUUCGGCAGGUACGAGGUGUCCUACGUCGGCGCCAACAGCAGCAGGAUCGCAAACCCGGCGGGCGGCCGCUGGCGCGGGCGCGUCGGCCGCCUGCUGUGCCCCUCGCAGGGCCUCUACCAGCACGUCCUGAGAGACGACGCCGACCCUGCCACAUCACGGCGGUGAACUGCGUCGAGGCCGCGCUCCUGGGCCUGCUGCCCAUCACCGUCGUCCUGCGCGGCUCGGCCACCCGGCUCAGUGCGGCCGAGCGCGCCCGGGUGGCGCAGGAGCGGGGCACCCCAGGCGGCCUGACGGCGAACGCCGUGCGCGCGGACUUCGAGGCGCCCUGCAUCGCGGUGGGGCCCCGCAGCCGCGGCGGCCUCGCGGGGUGGAUCCCCCCGCUCCGGCUCCGCGCGGGGCCGCGGAGCAGCGUGGUGCUGGACGCGCCCUACGUCGAUGAGCGCGUGCGCAUCGGCAAGGGGGCGAGCGGCAUCCGCUUCGUGCUCCGCCGCACCGAGGCGCCGGGCGCGGACUCCUGGAGGCUGGGCGGGGGCCCGCCGCAGGCCCAGAUCUCCGACGACU